AUGCCUGCAUCUUCCUCACUCAGCAGAUCUUCACUCCGCAUCCCCCAGGAGCGAGGCUCAUUGCGCACAUUGAAAGAGGGCAAAAGCGAGUUCAUAGGUAGCUCAAGCGGCGUCUACUUUGUCAAUACCGUACGCCGCGCCUUUUCUGCUGCGAACUCACGCUCGGUGUCUGUACCACAAGACGCCACUCACCCUUCGCCGGAAGACUGCUUAUUACCCGGUGACGGGGAUGAUGACAAUGGCAGUGUGUGCCGCUCGAGUCGAGCUGGUGCCACCGCCGCCGCAUCGCAAGGCGCAAGCAAGCUUUCCUACGGACCAAGCAUCCCUCUUGAACUAGGCCGACCUCCUCCUGCUAAUCUUGCAAAACAACUGUUCAUGUCAUACUUUCAGACGUGGCAUCAAUUUCUUCCCUUUCUCCAUGGCCCAGCGUUACUUCAAGACAUCGAACUUCUCUAUGCCGACAUCGACAAGCGGCCGCUUCCUAACCCGAGACCCCACCCGCUGCCUCUUGCAAAGGUUAUCACCCUGCAGUGUCUUUUCAAUUUGGCUAACCUACAUUGUGAUGAUCUGCCAAUGGCCUCACGUAUCGACCAUCCUGUCGAUAUAUUGUCCUUACUCCCUGAUCUCGCCAUAAAAAGCGACAUUAUAUCAACACAAGCGCUACUUGCUGCACAGCUGUUACUAGUCGCCCGCUUGGCCCUACGGCCUGCUGCGGUUGUCGGCGGCCUUCUCUCUCGUUCUAUUUUCCUUGCCGGGCUUCAUCGCUGUCCGAAUAGAUAUCUCGAGCUAUCGACGGAGGAAUGCAAUAUCCGAAAGAGGGUCUUCUGGAGUGUCUAUGUCAUUGAUCGAUAUAUUUCCCAGGCACUGGGACAGCCACUAGGCAUUCAAGACUCCGAUAUAGACGUCUGUUCAUUGUCUGGCCCUGAACUUCAUGAUUCCCAUUGCCACACGUCGACCCACUCAAGUCUGCAUACCUCACAUCUAGAUUCCACUUGGCAUGCGUCCCGCGGAGAAAAUUCACCGAGCGAUACACCUUCUGUCAGACAGAACCAGGGUACUUCACCGUCACUAGAAGACGGUCGCUGCAAGACCAUGAAGACUGGCAGGCCUCAGUCAAGCUCGAACUCCGAAUGCCAAUCGCAAGAGCACCAUCGCCAUUCCAUCUUAGCAUCCUAUGUGGAUCACUCCCGGCUUUUAGGGAAUGCGCUAGAACUGUUUCAUAAGUCCUUGCAUGUCCGUUCCAUAAAACCUGAAUUUAUUAUCUCCUUGCGGACCGACGUCAGCGCCUGGUGGAAUGCGCUGCCAAUACACCUGCAAAAUGACAGCUCUUCUUCAGAAGCGCCAGCUACGAGCAAAAGCGGUGCGCCAGGGUCUCAUAACUGCAAGUUCGGUGUAGCUGCAUUUUUCAGCCUGCUGCACAACCAGCUUGUUCUCCUUAUCAACCGUCCGUGGUUAUCUCUUGAGCCAUCAUCGUCUGAGUUCCAGUCUGCCCUUCAGACUUGUAUAGGUGCGUCGCGUGAGAUUAUCACCAUUUUGGACAAGCAGCUCGAUUCCGGUAACCCAUUAUUUUGGCCCGGCUAUCUAUCUGCUGCUUGGAUGGCCGGGAUUAUUCUCGCCUUUGCCUGCCAUCUAUCUCUCUAUCCAGUGCAAAAGGGACAAAAGUAA